AUGCCUGUGCUGGGCGCGACGAUGGAGGAUGCAGCGCUCUUUCUUACAUACAACCAGGUGCAGCGCGCGCUGCGGAAUGUGCGUGGCGUGAGCGAGUCGGCGACGCUGCCGCUGACGGACCUGGCGGUCGCGGCGGCGGCGUCAGGCGCGAUGGCCGCGGUGGUGCUCACGCCGGUCGAGCUGAUCAAGUGCCGCAUGCAGGUACAGCAGAUGGGGCGCACGUCGCGGGCGCCGGUGCCGAACGCUGUCCCCUUGAUCUGGGAGACACUGCAAAAGUCGGGCGUGACGGGCCUGUGGCACGGUUUGUCUGGCACGCUGAUUCGCGAGGUCGGCGGGGGCAUUGCGUGGUUCCUCUCGUUUGAGCUCGCCACGCGUGAGUUUGCGCGCCGGCACGCGAAGGCGCGGCCUGCGGACGCGCCGCCGAGCAAGGCGGACCUGAGCAGCUUGGAGCUGGCGGUAAGUGGCGCGCUUGCCGGUGUGAGCUACAAUGUGAGCCUAUUUCCUGCCGACAGUGUCAAGUCGGCGAUGCAAACGCAGCGCGAACUGCGCGCGCACACGCGCGAAGCGGCAGGGCCGCCGCUCGGCUUCAUGACGAUGCUGAUGCGCCUCUACCAGACGCGCGGGCUGGCGGGUCUCUAUGCGGGGGUGGGCGUGACCCUCGUGUACCACAAGUUGGAGCAGCUAGCGGCACGGUCUGGGUGGUAG